GGAAGAGAAUUUUAGGCGGGAAAGAGUCUCGGCUGUCUCGCGCCCUCGGGGGCCUCCCGCCUCAGCUAUAAGAAGCGCCUGACGCGGCGGACGCGAGUGAGAUGCUGGGUGCAUGUGGCAUGCAGAAAUGUCACCAAGAUGCAUUGAAAAAGAAUCGUGUGUCUCUAGCAAAGCAGCUAUUACUGAAGGAACUAAUGGAACAUCUUAUAGAAAAGGAUGUUAUCACGGAAGCAAUGAUGGAAACAAUACAGGCCAAGGCUGGGAGUUUUAGCCAAAACAUAGAAUUCCUGAAUCUGCUCCCUAAGAGGGGUCCCAAAGCCUUCUCAGCUUUUUGUGAAGCUUUACGAGAAACCAAACAGCAGCACUUGGAGGAAAUGCUCCUGAACACCAUCCCCAGCAAUGGAGAUAUGAUUACAAGGCUGAGUCAUGACUAUGAGGAAAGUCUGCCAUUUUCUGUCCGUGAAUCAGGAAUCUCUCAAAAAAGGCCACGUUGGAAUCAUGCAGAGCCAAUGGAGCAUUCCUUGGAUAAAGGAGAUGGGCCCCACUAUCCUCAGGUGAAGCCAUGCACCCCAGAUUUCUAUCAUGCUCAUGAGCAUCUGGCAUACAGGUUGCAAUCACGUCCACGGGGCCUGGCACUUAUACUUAGCAAUGUGCAUUUCAGCAGUGAGACAGAUCUGGAGUUGCGUUCUGGUGGAAAUGUGGACUAUGCUGCCCUAGAAGCGCUAUUCAAACACCUUGGGUACCAAGUACUUUUGCAACAUGACAAGACUGCACAGGAAAUGCAGGAAGAAUUGGAAAAAUUUUCAAAGCUUCCAACUCACAGAGAUGUAGAUUCCUGCAUUGUGUCUCUUCUCUCACAUGGCGUAGAGGGUGGGGUCUAUGGAGUGGAUGGCAUGCUACUUCAGUUGCAGGAGAUUUUCAGGCUCUUUGAUAAUGCAAACUGCCCUAGUCUUCAGAAUAAGCCCAAAAUGUUCUUCAUUCAAGCAUGCCGUGGAGAUGAGACGGACCGCGGAGUGGACCAAAUAGACGGGAAUGAGCGUGCUGACUCCCCGGGUUAUGAAGAAAGCGAUGCCAACAAGAAGGAGAAUCCCAAGCUGCGACUUCCCACUUGCUCUGAUAUGAUCUGUGGAUAUGCCUGUCUGAAAGGCACAGCUGCUAUGAGGAAUACUAAACGUGGAUCCUGGUACAUAGAGGCUCUCACUUCUGUGUUUGCUGAAGACUCCAGAAAUAUGCAUGUGGCUGACAUGCUUGUGAAGGUGAACAGAUUGAUCAAGCACCGAGAAGGCCACGCCCCUGGCACAGAGUUCCACCGCUGCAAGGAGAUGUCAGAGUAUUGUAGCACUCUCUGCCGAGCCCUUUACCUAUUCCCAGGCAUUUCCCCUGGGAAUUGACCCUGCCAUCCUUUCUUUAAGUGGGCUACUUCCUUUGUAGGCAAACUCCAUAGAACACUCUGAAGUUGCCAUAAAUUUACCUCCCUGUAGAGGUCCAGGGCUUCCCUUUCCUCAUAACAUUUGCGGAGGGCAUAAAAGCAGCCAGUUUCUGAAAUGUUGAAUGAUGAGUUAUUGCAUAUGCUCUUGUUUCUGCAUUUUUCUGAUUUUAUUGGGAAUUUUAUGUUUUAUCUGAAACAUCCUGACCUGUGGAAAGACAGCAUAGAAAUGUUUUAAAGUUGAUCAUGUCUAGUGAGGAUAGCUUUCUUAUUCCCUGUACAAAUAUCACUAAUAUCACUCUUUCAGACAGAAUUUGGCAACUUUCCACAACCCAGUUCAGGAUUUAGAUUUUAGUUUUCUGUUCAUGUGCCAAAACCUGAGAGUGAUGGAAAGCACCUUAAUGAUUAAUUUGUGUGUAUUUAUAAGAAACAGGAAUGUGUAAAAAUAAUUCAUAGUGCUUUUAUAUAUAAAAAAAUGAAAACAAA